CGUGUGAUUUUGUUCAUUUUGUUGUCAGCUCGGUAUACGCUCAGAAAUUAGGAAAAAAUAAUAAUUUCGUGCAAUCAUCUGCAAAAUACUUGUUUAAAAUUAAAAAACCAAUUUAAUUCAUAUUGGAGAACAUUAGAGUUGGGUGAUGUGUGGAGAGGGGAGCGGUCUUGCCAUUUAAACGAACGAUAGUAUCGAUGCUUGCUGUAGGGAAGAGGGAAGACAAUUUUUUGCUUUUCGCUUUCAUUCAUUCCAGCUGGUGGUGUUUACCAAAGAGCAAGAUCGAGUUACCCAAAGGAGUUUCCCCAAUGUGACGACCCGCGAACAUGUCGAGGUGACACUGCAUGCAAAACCACCUGCGAAUAUAUAAGACGCGAAUUAGAAACAACGCAAAAUGCUGUCCAAGAUCGACGACAGUGUUGACAUAACGCUGAAGAAGGCCGGUUUGUCGAUUAGAUUGGGAGCAAGUGUAGGGACUUGGCUUGUGAUUCUUCUGCCCCUUGCCAUCAUCCUUGGCUCUUUUGUUCAUCCCAGUGCGGAAUACAAUGUUGCAGCAGUGUUUGCCUCCGGGCUUCUUGGGGCAUCGGUGGCCUUGGUAUUGCACCUUCAGGGGUCCAAGGGCCCCACUCUCUCCAAGUUUAAUCCAAUCUUCGUCGGACCAAUAAUUGUCACCGCUCUCCUCUUUUGGCUUAUUUGUCACAAAGGUUUUUUCUUCUGUCUCUCUUCUGGAAUUUUCGCCAGUCUCCCCAUAAGCAUUGGCGUUCCUAUUGCGCUGCAGCACAUUCCUGGCACGUUCACCUUGGGAGAAAUCACGGCUGUCCUCCAAGGAAUACUGCUUUUUCUUUUCACAGCAGUAACAAAUAUUUUGAAUCGAAGCAAAGACAUUCAUUUUGAUUCGAUGGAAAAAUGCACACUUAUUCUUCAGACUGGCUUACUUGGGUUGUCAGUAAUUUGCAUUUUGGUGACUGCUUUUCCGGGACUGAGACAACUGAGGCCCAUUUUGGCCCUAAUUGUUGGAAUAAUGGGUGGAGCAGUUUUGCCAGCACUUUUCAUAAUAUUUAAGGAAAAUCCUAUCUUGUGGAUGUUGCACUUUAUCACUGAUGACAUUCAAAGGGUUUAUUUAUUACUGUACUGGGUGAUGUGCUGUUUCUUUGCCAUUACAUCAGUUCGCGUGCAAGUUCAGAACAAGCAGCACGCCUCGUCGGCAGUUCGAAAAAUUUUCCAUGUGCUCAUCCUUGCAGUUUAUCUCCCAGGCUUGGCGUGGGAGUGCACAUUGCUCUACUUAUCAAGUGGCAUUGCCUUAGCAUUCCUCGUUUUAGUCGAGAUGAUCCGCCUUUUAAAGUUGGGCGCUCUCAGCGACUACUUGCAAGAAGGCUUUAUCGUUUUUGCUGACGAAAAGGAUAGUGGGGGCAUUUCUCUGACCCCGAUAUAUCUUUUGAUAGGCUGCUCUCUGCCCUUGUGGAUCCACCCCACAAGAUGUGCCCUCAGGGCGGCAGUGACUUUACCCGUUCUCUCAGGCCUGGUGUCAGUCGGCUGUGGAGACACUGCAGCCAGCGUUAUCGGCUCUCUUUUUGGCAAAAAUAAAUGGCCUGGUUCUCCAAAAUCAAUCGAAGGAUCGGUCGCGUGUGUUGUUGCUCAGAUAGCUCUUGUCUUCCUACUCUCUUUUAGUGGCAUGUUUCAGCUCACUUGGUUGUUGACUCUACGGAUUAUUUUUGCGUCUGUUGUCAUCACCAUUGUUGAAGCCAAGACGGAUCAAGUUGACAAUGUCGCACUGCCACUCUUGAUGUAUAUUUUGCUUUUGUAAUAAUCAUUCCAAUAUAAAUGAAGCUAAAAACGUGAUGUGCCUGCUGGUGAUUGUAGUAAAUAAUACGUUUUCAAUUAAUCGAAUGAAUUUAUAUGUACAAAUUUUACUUGAUGCAACGAUGGUACAUUUUAAAUUAACUAAAAUAUCAUAUUUUUUGUGUUUGCUUUAUUUUUGUGUGUAAAAAGCAGAUCACAUUUUAUGUUCUCCCAAGAUAUAUGAUAUAAUUUGAGUAAUUCAUAAAGUUGAGUGUGUUUGAAAUUUACUUAAUCUAGAAUCUAUGGAAAAAUAAAAUAUU